UUGCGGCAAAAUGGCUGCCCCCAGACGGCGCUGCGCUGGCCUAGUUCGGUCUUUAUUCGGGGCCUGGCAGCUGGGCCCGCAGGCUGGGAGGGAGUGGAUGGUUUCGCCCGGCUCGCUUCUAGGUAACCAGGCGAGGUGCGUGUCCUGUGUCGGGGGUGCCAUUUCCUCUGGUCCCCUCCUGGCCGCCGCUUCUGGUCGCUAUGGUCAGGAUUCCGCCUUGGACCGAAUCCUUGGAUUCCCUCAGCCUGACAGUUCGUUGGCUCCGAGCGUCCCCGCGGUGUCGGUACAUCGAGAUGAGCAGAAUCUGCUCUUGGUCCAUACUCCUGACAUGCCUGAGAAUCCACGGGUCCUCCGAGUGGUCCUCCUGGGAACUCCAAAUGCAGGAAAGUCAACACUCUCCAAUCAGCUGCUGGGCCGUAAAAUGGCCUGGGCGGGAUCAAGGAUCUCACUGGAACCUCUUUCUUCCUGGAAGGUGUUUCCUGUCUCCAAGAAGGUGCACACCACUCGAUGCCAAGCUCUAGGGGUCAUCACAGAGAAGGAGGCCCAGGUGAUUCUGCUCGACACACCUGGCAUCAUCAGUCCUGUUAAACAGAAGAGGCACCAUCUGGAGAUGUCUUUGUUGGAAGACCCAUGGAAGAGCAUGGAAUCUGCUGAUCUUGUUGUAGUUCUUGUGGAUGUGUCAGACAAGUGGACCAGGAGCCAGCUGAGCCCCCAGGUGCUGCAGUGUUUGACCCGCUUCUCUCAGGUUCCCAGCAUCCUGGUCUUGAACAAGGUAGAUUGCUUGAAGCAGAAGUCAGUUCUCCUGGAGCUGACAGCAGCCCUCACUGAAGGUGUGGUCAAUGGCAAGAAGCUCAACAUCAAGCAGGCCGCACACCUUGGCACCCCCUGCCCCAGUCCUGCAACUAGGGACCCCAGUACUCACUCAGUGAGAAACCCUCAGAGAAUUGGCUGGCCCUACUUCCAGGAGAUCUUCAUGUUAUCAGCACUAAACAACAAGGAUGUGAACACACUAAAGCAGUACCUUCUAGCACAGGCCAAGCCAGGACCCUGGGAGUUCCACAGCGGAGUCCUCACUAGCCAGACCCCUGAAGAGAUCUGUGCCAACAAAAUCCGAGAGAAGCUCCUAGAGUACCUGCCUGAGGAGGUGCCCUACAGUGUGCAGCAGAAGACAGUGAUAUGGGAGGAAGGACCAAGUGGGGAGCUAGUGAUCCAGCAGAAUCUUCUGGUACCCAAAGAAUCUCAUAUGCGGAUCCUGAUUGGCCAGAAGGGCCUCUUGAUCUCCCAGAUUGCACAGGAAGUAGGCAGAGACCUCAUGGACAUCUUCCUCUGUGAUGUUAACAUCCGCCUCUCCGUGAAACUUCUCAAAUGACCAUCCUCUGUUGCUGUUCCCAGGGCCUCCCUGCUCAAGCUUUUGGGAAAGUAACUGACUAGAACUACCCUGUGAAAGGGGGGGGCUGCAGGGCUGCUAAGGGCCAUGGACACUGAGUGGCUGCUAGCCAGCCUGGACUUGUUGAGUCUGCACAGUUUCUGCCCAACCAUGUUUUCCGUUGGAGGAGAGAAGCUGCCUUAGCUCAGUUCUCAGGUAGUUCCUCUGCCUAGGGUCUCAGCUAUGUAGGUCUUAGAAGUCCAUCCCUGUGGUGUGAAUAGGGUCAUCCCAUUCAUCCUGUAGCAUCGGACCCAAACCCAAACUCUUGCCCUGUUUCCAGUUGUUGGUAGGAAGAACCUUUCUCUUUGUCCCCAAGUUUCUCACUUUGAAGUUACAUAAGGACCCAUAUAUUUCAUUUUUUUUAAUUGUUUAUUUAUUUGCAUUGGUGUGUCUGUGUAAGGCUGUUGGAUCCCCUGGAACUGGAAAUACAGACAGUUGUGAACUGCCUUGUGGUGGCUGGGAAGAGCAGCCAGUGCUCUCAACUACUGAACCAUCUCUUUUCAGCUCCUCCUCCCCACCUUGAGACAGGGUUCUUACUAUACAAUUCUGGUUGACUAUUGCCAUGUAGACCAGGCUAACUUUGAACUCACAGAGGUCCACCUGUCUUGCCUCCUGAGUGCUGGGAUUAAAGGCGUGCGCCACUACUGCUGGCUUCUUCUUUUAGUUCUUAAACGAGAGUCCCAACCACCUGUUCACCCAAGUUCUUGAUCCCUCCCACCCUGUCCUGCUACCCAGACUUGGGUGCUAAUAAAGUUAAGUGACAAGUGUU